AUGGAAGACCCGAAAUCUCUCAAGUCUGUCUUUGCCCAGGCCGAAGAACGGCGACUGGCUCUCGAGGGCGCCUUCGAGGUGACAGACCCCAGCUACCGCGAUGUCCUCUCCAACGCAAUAGACGAGUACACCGAGUGCUUGGAGCUCAUCAGCCAGUUGCGCAUGUUCAGUCCCAACGAGACCCUGGAGGACCUGUCAACAUCCGAUCUUCCCUAUCUGCUGGUGCACUACCACCUCGCCGAGCUCAUACAAAAGGUCCACACCACUUCGCCAGUGGGCCGCAAGACAGUCCUCGAAAAGUCUCGCCACUGCUAUGAGCGCUUCCUCUACAUCAUCGACAGCUACAGCCUUCUGGAGCCACAGUACUCCAAAAUGCUAGAAGCCUACAGCGAAGACCCGUCCUCAUUCUCCACAACGCCCUCGUCCGACCCAGCAGCCCGCCGCAACUCCAAGAUCGCAAACUUCAAAGCCGAGCAGGCCCUCAAGCAGAAGCUUGCAUACCUGAGGAGGAACCCUUCCUACGGCGACCCAGAUGAAGAGGACGGCCUGGGUGGAGACGAGGAGAUUGUGCGACAGGUACAUCUUGCAAACCUCGGCCUCUGCAUCCACCUAGCAUUCCAGGCCCUGGAGUCUCUGAACCGCGAGGCCGAUAUCUUGGCCCAAGCACCCACACCUUUACUUCCCCAGGCCACUACAGUCGAGGAUGACGAGCGGCGGCGGCGUGAGGACCUCAGGCAUGAGGGCUAUUCCGACAGACUUGACAGGCCAUUCAAGAGGUUACAGAGUUUCAACGGGCCACUGUUGAGCAAGGAAGGCAAGCCCGUGCAACCAUUCACGAUCGUGGGGACGAGGCAGGAUCUGGCCAAACAGGUGUUCAGGCCGGGACAUAACUUGCCGACGAUGAGUAUCGACGAGUACCUGGAAGAGGAAAAGCGGCGAGGAGGAAUCAUUGAGGGAGGCGGUGAGGCCAGUGGGAGGCAGCCGGAGCCAGACGAAGACAACUAUGAGAAAGCGGAUGCGGAAACCAUGAAGGCACGGGCAUGGGACGAAUAUGUGGAGGCAAAUCCAAAAGGCAGUGGCAACACGUUGAAUAGGGGGUAG